AUGAUUGAUCCUAAUAUUAUUGCGAAUACUAAUGGUAGUACUUCUGUAACAAUUGAAGAUCAAAUCCGGAAUGUUGAUAAAGUUCUUAAGGAAUGUGAAAACUGUCGAAAAAGCUUAGAACAGAUUUGCAGAAGACUGGAUGAUCUCAAUGACGAAGUGCGACGAUAUCGUGAAUUUCUCGGAUAUGAAAAAACCAGACGAGAACCAACUUUGUACAAAACAACAAAUAGUGAUCAUGUAACCGUACAUAAUAAUGCUAUCUGCUGUACCAUCAUAAAUUUAACAAAUCAACUUACGCAGGAAUGGUUGGAAAAGUUGAAAUCAAUACAUAAUGCAACAUCGAAAUCAACGCCUACAAAAUGA